AUGCCGGCUGAAUUCCGUUACACUGAGGAAUUGACCCAACCUCUAUUAGAUUUGACCUCCAUAGAUACCGAUGUGCUGUUGACUCAAGCGCCCGAGGAGGACAUACCAAGCAGUUCCUCGAGUUCGACGGACAGUUGGCCAAGUUGGCCUCCCAGUGAAGGUCGAGCUGCCGUGAUGAGUCGUACAGUUCCACUGCAGAAGGCUAUGUCAGAGGAGGGAACGGAACAAAGACGAUCCAUCAUGAUCACCGGGGCAAGACAGUCUGUCAGGCACUCCUUUUCCAUCGCUGGGCUGCCCACAGAAACCAGUGAUAUGAGAAACUCACUGGAUUCCCAUGCAAAUAAACACAUCAAUAAUAACAAACGUUUCCAGAAAUACUUGACCUUUUAG